AUGCUGGCCGUGCUGCUGGGCGCCGCGGCCGCCUUCUUCGCGCUGCUGGACGGCUGGCACCUGCUGCGGAUGGGGCUGGCGGCGCUGCGCGCCGGGCUGGUGCGCCCCGCGCCCCGCGCCCUGCUGCAGGAGCACCGCUUCGAGAGCCGCGUGCUGCCCGCCGACCUGGACCUGCUGCUGCACAUGAGCAACGCGCGCUACCCGCGCGAGGCCGACCUGGCCCGCUGCGCGCACCUGGCCCGCUGCGGGCUGCUGGGCGCCGUGCGCGCGCUGGGCGCCCGCCUCGUGCUGGCCGCCUCGUGCUGCCGCUACCGGCGCCCGCUGCGCCUGCCCGAGCGCUUCGCCGUGCGCUCGCGGCUGCUGGGCUGGGACGCGCGCGCCUUCGUGGCGGAGCAGCGCUUCGUGCGCGCCCGCGACGGCUUCGUCUGCGCCGUGCUGCUGGCGCGCCUGCACGUGGAGGGCGCCUCGCCCGCCCAGGCCGUCGCGCGGCUCUGCGGGCGCCAGGUGGAGUCUCCGGAACUUCCAGAAGAAGUCCAGCACUGGAUGAAGUACAACGAAGCCAGCAGCCGGAAGCUGAGGGCAGAGAGUGGGCUCCAAACCGAAAGCAAAAGCCAGUAGUGGGAUUGCUCAGAGCGGCCCCGUACUGCACUCUUGGCAGAGCAAGCUUGCACCUCAGCCGAAUCGUUGCGGGUUAGGACAGCUCUUCCACAGCAGAAGGGGAGCCUUUGACAAGGCCACAUAAUCUUUUUGGCAAGGCAGUUCCAUGGCCUUCUGACGCCAGGGGCCGUUCGCGGCGGCACUCUGGCGGAGCCGUCGUGAAAGUAUUCUCGAAGCUGCCAUAUGCUUGGGCUGAGACACGCAUGUAUUUAAUAGCCGACCCGUCUUCUUCCAGUGCGCAAUGGUUAUGGGUAGAUCCAGAUUAGAAUGCCUUUAAGCCUUACGCUAGUUUCGCAGAGGCGCAGUAGAGCAACAUUGAAAGAAAGCCAUCAGGUAACCUCCAUGGCCCAGGCAGCAUUGGAGAGUCAUGCUUUAGGCUUCCAAAGGAACCCUUGGUCUUCAUUCAGGGUGACCACAGAUCCAGGUUAUUGCAAAAGCCAAAGUAUCAAUACAGCCUAGUCUUACAGGGUCCGAAGACCAGUAGACAAGAACUUAGAAAGAUGAUCCCCGGUUUGCAAACAGUUGCCUUCGUUUAGAUUAGUUGCUUCCUCAUGAAUGUUUAAGUAGAAACAUAGGUGUGCACCAAUCAAUAACUAAAGGGACACACGCACUUCACAAACUAGAAUGCCAGGGGUGCAAAGCUGUGCAAAGAACACUCCGAUCAUGUCUUUGGCUCGCUGAUGGCGCAUGGAGUGGAGGCUUCUUUUCAAAACGCAACUCCAGCAUUAGGCGUUACCUGCCUGAGGAUUUUGCUUCGCACAUCCUGUCUCCAGCCUUUGCAUGAGUCAACCCUAAUAAAGCAGGAUCAGUCCGUCA